AUGGACAUAACCAAUCCUCUUGAAGAAUCCCUCAACCCUAACUCUAACCCUAAUUUUAAACCAAACGAAGAAGUAGAAGACGAUGGCUACGAGGGAAUUUGGGCGGGGAGGAUAGCCAACGCGAUUGCGUUCCCAAUGGGCCGGGAGGAUAACCAACGCGAUUGCGUUCCCCAUGGCUUUGAAAACCGCUCUGCGUCAGCAGGUGAAGGCGCGUGGGUCUCGCCUUCCGAGAUAGCGCGCCGCCUUCCGAUCAAGCCUACCAACCCACAUGCUCCCAUGUUGUUGGACCGCAUGCUUCGCUUGCUCGCCAGCUACGACAUGGUCAAGUGCCGUACGGUUCAGGCCAGAGAGAACGGUCGUACCGGAGAAACCGAGUCGGUUUACGCUACCAAACCGAUUUGCCGGUUCUUUCUGUCCAACAAUAACCAAGACUCCGGUUCUGUCGUCCCACUGUACCUCGUCUCACAGAGCGACGUCUACAUCAAGAUGUGGCUUCAUAUGAAGGAUUUGAUAUUGGAUGGAACCGAUCCGUUCACACGCGCCCAUGGCGUGAGCCUGUACGAAUACUUGAGGAGGAACAAACCCUUCCACGAGCUGUUCCACAGAGCCAUGGCGGAGCAUUCCACCAUGAUCAUGAAGAGGCUUCUAGAAGUUUACAGAGGAUUCGAAGGUGUGAACGUUCUGGUCGAUGUGGGAGGAUCUGAUGGCACUUCCAUUGCUCUCGUCACCUCAAAGUAUCCUCGUAUGAAGGGUAUCAAUUUCGACUUGCCCGAUGUCAUAGCAAAGGCUCCUCCUUUUCCCGGUGUGGAACAUGUGGCCGGAGAUAUGUUUGUUGAGAUCCCGAAAGGGGAUGCCAUCUUCACCAAAAGAUCAAUCCAUGGAUGGGACGACGAGAACUCUGUAAAGAUUCUUAAAAACUGCUGGAAAUCGCUGCCGGAGAAAGGGAAAGUGAUCAUCGUGGAGACGAUCAUCCCGACAAACCCCGAGGGCGGAGGCGAAUACUCGAACUUCGGGUUCGACAUGGACGUGCUGGUGUGCACGCUGUUGGGCGGCGGAAGGGAGAGGACGCGGGCCGAGUUCGAAGCUUUGGCUAAGAAAUCGGGUUUCGCCCGUUGCGAGUUCCCUUGCCGUGCUUACUAUUGUUGGGUUAUUGAAUUCCACAAAUAAACAUAUACAUAUAUAUAUAUGCUUGAACUAAAAUAUAUGGGUGUGUAUUACUAUAUAUAUAUAUAUAUAUAUAUAUAUGUGUGUAUAAGCUAUGAUUGCAGAAUAAAAAAAGGGAAGAAUGUAAUUCCCUUCACGACAUUACUGAUGUAUAAUAUUUGUCAUUUCCCAUUUGGUAUUUAAUUUCAUGUUGUUGUCUUGUAUCC